AGUUCACUUGCGGUUCAAUCGGGAAACUUAUCGCUUGGGAUAUAUCUCAAUUUGACCCGGCUAGUCGAGCUUAUCUAUCCCUAACCUCGGUCCAGUAAGCAGCACAUCUCUAAACAGUAAUUUACAAAACAAAUUUGUUUUAAAGCCCGAAGCUAAAAAUAAAUGAAACCAGUGCAAACAUUGUGAUUUAAACUUUGAGCAGUGUCAGCACCCCAAUACUAAUUAAGAAACUCUUGGGCAAUUAAAGAUCAUUCUUUGGAAUGUUUCUCGUUCAAGGCCUCGGUGCUCGGGAAUCCGCGCCUCGCGAGUUGCGAAACCAGAGGAGCUGUGCCGGAUGCCUGCGAUGUAUAAUGCGGCUUUAAUGUCUCGCCUCGGCCCACAACAAACAGUCGCGUUGUCUCUUCAUGUAUCGCCAAUUGUUUUGUGCUGAUUUGCUUGUUCAAUGCCAAAACCAGUUUCUUUCUCAUUUUGAAGUUCGCUGAAAUGAAGGCAAGCGGUUUUAGGGAAUACCGCAGAAGCACCUAGAGUCUUUCAAGCCUCGCCCGGAAUCAUUUGGCCCGCUUUCGUCGCAGAAAGCAGAUUCGGUGUGAUCUCUAAUCCUGGCCAGUGUUUUCAGGUACUGAUACUGACGUUCGAAAAGUUCCCCACUGAUCUAAAACUGGAAAGUGCGCGAGCUGGAACAACAACAACAACAACAACAACAACAGGAAGAACUCUGUUGCUCAGCAAACCACUUUAAGUUGCCUACAUUACGAGUAGUAUUUAUCACCUGAACUCGAACCUCCAUCAUGCCGAAGAAAAUCCAUCAGCCUGGAGGUUCCCUCUACUGCGGAGUUACAUUGCUGGGCGUCCUGUGCUUAGUCGUGUUCCGGUUGAUUCCGGGGAUUCCCUUCGGCACUUACGUUAUGGCCGAGAGAGACCACUACCACACCAUAGACGAUCCAAAUGUGCCCUGUAAUUUCUACGAUACGGUGAACCUGACGGGCCAUAGGCUCUUUCCCAACGGAAGCUAUGAUUACUACGGCACAAUAGUUCCUGCAGAAUUGGUCGGGACGUACGACUACAUACACAGCUCGCUAACGGAGCGCAUAGAGGUUCGGGAACACGUGAGGGGAUGCGUCUGCAAGUUCAAGUCCUGCCUGAAUAUCUGCUGCCCGUGGCGGCAGGUCUUCAACUCUGAGGUUGACGGAUGCAUAAUAGACCACACGGACAACCGAACGUGGCCAGAUCCGCCUAUGCUCAAUAUAACCUUCCGCAACGAGUCUACGAUAUUGGUCAACAUGUUCACGCAGUUUGCUAUCCAAAGCUUCAGACCCUGCCCCAAGAUGUUUUCCCUGCAGCCAGAGACCAGCAGUUGGGAUGACUAUCUACUCUUCGAGAACGGAUCCAUGCUCCGUGUGGACGAUAAACUGCUAAUCAGGAAGAACGAGUUCUGCAUGGUACCGACCUACGUCAACGAAUCGGACAUGUUCUACACCAUACAUCCGGCCAAUUGUGACAUGCAGGACGACCAUAGCACGGUAAAGAUUAUCAACUCGUAUGCCAUGAUGUUCUCCAUUCCCUUCAUGAUGCUGACCAUAGCCGUUUACCUAUUGAUUCCCGAGCUACGCAACCAGCACGGGAAGAGCUUGGUCUGCUAUCUAAUAGGUCUCACCGUGGGUUACUCCUCGCUGUGCUACGUGCAACUCUAUCAAGUUGAUGCCACGGGUGUUACAUGCAAAGUGUUCGGAUACACAGCCUAUUUCUUUUUCAUGGGCGCCUACAUGUGGCUAAGUGUCAUCAGCUUUGACUUGUGGCACAAUUUCCGAGGGACGAGAGGAAUUAACCGAUUCCAGGAGAAGAAACGCUUCCUGUUUUAUUCGCUCUACUCUUGGGGUAUUGCCCUAGUUUUCCUGGCCUUCACCUAUUGCGCCCAGCAACUUGCCAAUUUGCCCGACAACCUAAAGCCAGGUAUUGGGGAUGGCGUGUACUGCUGGCUGGAUAUGAGCAACUGGGCAGCUAUGAUCUAUUUCUACGGUCCCAUUCUGGCGAUCGUUGUUGCCAACACCAUCAUGUUCAUAAUGACUGCGAUCAAGAUUCACGGCGUGCAGCGCGAGAUGGCCCGGAUAAUUGCGAGUGAGAACAGCACCAAGAACCUACGAACCGAGAAGGACAAAUUCGGCUUGUUCUUGCGCCUCUUUCUCAUAAUGGGCAUCACCUGGCUCACGGAGCUCAUCUCGUACUUCGUGGGCAGCGACAAGGGGUGGUCUAAGCUCUUCUAUAUCUCGGAUCUGGCCAAUGCGAUGCAGGGCUUUCUCAUAUUCAUGUUGUUUGUGAUGAAGAAGAAGGUCAAGCACUUGAUCACAAACAGACUCCUGGAGAAGAGGCGCUCGAAUGGCCUGAGCUCGACCACAACCUCGACUUCCAUCACUUCUGACGCGAAUGUGCUGCCAAGAAAGCUGCACCUUAAGGCUGUUGACAAGGCCGGUAGCAAUGCCACCGACCCGAGUCCGACCCCGAAGAUAGCCAUCUAAUCAAAAUGGUCCCAGAUGCUCGAGUGUUCGCGAUGGCAGCAACCAACGUCAGAGCCAGUACUCCACCAAGACCACGUCGAGCAGCGUGGCCAAUCUGUCGCUGCACGAGAAGCCAUCGGUGGAGAAGCCGCUAGUGAUCAGCUCGAGCGUGGAUCCGCAGAAAACUACCAUCUUCCGCUGAUCACAGCACUUGCAGCUGCCAUAGGCAGAGCAUUGAAUACCUCGGGAUGCGUGCAGAUCAGGAAGGACUAAUCGCAUUUAUAUUCAUCUCGAUCGUCCUCGGAUUUUUGCGAACACUUCGUUCCUUUCUGUAGAUAAAGAUCACUUAUUCAUAUUUUAGGACUACAUAUUCCUAUCAUGAGAUUAUUCUGUAAUCAACAUUUAAAGUCGAUAUCUAUAAAUUCGCGCAGUAGCAUCCACAUACGGAUAGAACUUUAUGAAAGACACUACUAUAAGAGAAAGUCCCUAUCCCCCAGAACUACCACGAAAACCCACCCCACCCAAAUUCUCUUUCUUUUUUUAAUGCCAUGUGACCACGAACAACCUGAUUAGUUGUAUAAGAAAGUUAUGCAGAGCCAUAUUUACUGUUUAUGCAAGCAAAAUUUUAAGGUUCUCCGAACCCCGCUGAGAGAUCAAAUUUGUAAUUCACCAUUAGCCUAAGUCCAAGGUAAGCAUUCAGCAUAUAUACGUAACAUAUAAAUGUGCCUUGUUAAAAACGAGAUUGGUGUUGAUCGAUAACUGUAUACCCUCUUUGCAUAAAUGUACCAUUCUCCAUAUCUGCAUUAUCUCUGAACUUAUGUAAAACAAAAUACAAGAAUUAUAAUUGUAUUUCAAGCUUAAUAAAGCCAAAGAUAAAAUUGAA